CAUACAUCAAACCUGCCAUGAGAAGUUGUUAAUGCUAAUCCUCUCUCAAUAAAAUUCCAUUAGCUUAGAGGGUCUUCCCCUACUACCAGGCUACUACUGCCGCUUCCUCUAGCGUCUCACAAAGAAUAACGCCAUUAAUUAGGAGCUACAUAGCUCGGUGGUUAGGUAGCUAAUUAAGCUAGGUUGUUCCACCAUCAUCCCUAACCUCCCCACACGAACUCGACCGAGCAGAAUCUAGCUGCUUCGAGCUGCCGGCCGGCAAUGGGGCACCAGCACCAGAUGUUCGAAGACCCGUUCGCGAGCAGCAUAUCGUCGCUGGAGGCCGAGAUAUUCUCCGUCGCCGGCGGCCACCACCAUACGCAGUGGCCGGGCCUCGACCACGACAUCCCGCUGGCCCCGGCUGCCAAUAACGGCACCUCCUCCGGCGGCUACGGCUCCCCCGGGGGCGGCGAUGGCUCGGGCUCCCAUCGCAAGAUCAGCCACAACGCCUACGAGCGCGACCGCCGCAAGCAGCUCAACGAGCUCUACUCCGACCUCCGCUCCCUCCUCCCCGACACCGAUCACACGAAGAAGCUUAGCAUUCCGAUCACGGUGUCGCGGGUGCUCAAGUACAUCCCGGAGCUGCAGAAGCAGGUGGACGGCCUGGAGAAGAAGAAGGAGGAGCUGACGCGCGCCAGCUGCAAGCCCGGCGUGCUGACCAUGAAGGGGAACACGGCUCCGAUCGUGUCCGCCACCUGCCUCGACGACAGGGAGAUCAUGGUCCAGGUCAGCCUGGUGAGCACCAUGGCCGGAGUUCUGCCCAUGUCCAAGUGCAUCAAGGUGCUGGAGAACGAAGGCCUCCGGCUCAUCAGCUCGUCCACUUCCGCGUUCCAGAACAGGACCUUCUAUAGUCUCCAUCUUCAGAGAACCCAACGGACGAUGAGCAAGGAAUGCCCGGCAUUUUGUGAAGAACUGGAGAACGCCCUGACGCAAAAUGCAGGACUACGUUUACAUCACCACCAGUAGAUCAUACGUAGCAUAAUAAUGGUGUAUAUUGUCGUGUUUAACCACCAUGAAUCAAAAUACAUGCAUGCCAUAGAUAUAGGACAAAUGCCCAAGAUAAUAUUACGCAUGCAUGAUACAGUAGUACGUAUAGUGCAGCGUGCUCCAUAUAUAGUACGUAAUUAUGAAUGUAUAUACAUUUAUGUGUAGCCCUGUAUGUAUGCAGCUGCGCGCUGAGGAUAAUAUAACUAGUAAAACAAGAGCAUAUAUAGCACUACCUCUGUUCCUGAAGAUAAAUAUAAUUUUAGUUAGGAACAGAGGUAGUAGAAAAUAAAUAUAGAGCCUGGCGCGAAGCAGUGGCGUUGUGAUGAAAGAGUGCGGACCAUCUCCAUGUAUGAUUCAUGUGUACAUAUUUGAAAUAUACGUAUGAAAUAAGGAUGAUUUACCUC